AUGGCACAGUUCCACCCAAUAUUGGAGAAAUUGUACCCUGUCAUGGAAAACUUUAUUUUCAUUUAUUUCCUCAUGAGGACGUUGGAGUCAGGGAGAGAAGACUAUGAUCCAUUAUCAAAUUGUUGGUCUUCAUUUCCAUAUGAGGAUCACAGGACAGUGAAGAAAAUAUUUGCUAUGAAUGAUGAGGCAAUUUAUGCCCUGGUGGCUGAAGAUAUACUAUGUUGCCCUGACUGUACAUCCCUGUACCUCCGUAAAAUUCCUGGACCCUGUAGUAAGACCCCACAUCUUUCUUUCUUGAGAAAGUACAAACCAGAAACCAGUUCCUGGGAAGACAUAACAUCAUUUGAUUUGGACUGUAAUUCAAGGUCGGGGAUUUGCGUUGUAGCCAAGGACAAUUUUGUUUAUUUCAUUGGUGGUGGUUAUUGCAGCCCAGAUCGACAUGAGAUCCUUGCAAGUGCUGACAGAUAUGAUCUCAUCAACGAUACAUGGGAGAAUUUAGCAAACCUUCAGCUUCCAAGAUGGUAUGCUCGCGCUACUGCAACAUAGACUGCAAAACAGUCCGUAUUUUUGCGUAUUCAAGUACGCGCGAGCAGUCAAACAAAAGGUCUGCAACGAAGCUGAAAACAGAGAGCGAGACUGGGGAGAGACGCUAAAAAUACGGACUGUCCGUUUUGCAUACGUGAUAUUCGUUCGAAUUACCCGCUUCUCCCAGCCACGGGCAAUUCCCAUUGGCUAAAUUUCGAUGCAAGCUGUCACCAAGCUGUCAAGUAAUGUUUUUAACAAGUCAUUCGCGAUAUUCCCUACCGUGAUGAAUUUCUAAAGCUUUCGCUUUAAAAUGACGAAUGUUGAUCGCCUGGAUUUGCUUGCAAGAAUUGGGAUUUGUUUUAAAAUCGGAGCAAAGGGAAGCUGUGGAGUUGCUGCUCAGGGGAAAAGAUGUUUUCUGUGUUCUACCAACAGGAUUUGACAAAAGCCUUAUUUAUCAGAUGUUUGUUCAUGCAAAGAGUUCUCAGUCAAGUUCCGUGCAACGGCCGACCGUCAUUAUUAUCUCGCCUGGCUAAAAAAGGGGGAUUGGUAGGAAACACACGACCCAGUUAACCUCAUGCAAAAAUGCUUCUUGUUCCAUUGAAUUGUUUUCUCUGUCGAGUAGAUUUUGCUUUGGAGGAAAACGUUUUGAUUGAGCAAAUGUGAGUUUUGGCCGCUUAUUAAAUAUAUUUCAUACUGAGAGGUCGUGACACGCAUAUUGAUUUUCUCUGGUCGGCAUGAUUUGCUCUCUGAUACAAGAGCAUUUUCCUUCUUAGCCCUUUUAGAAAUGUAAAGCUCUUCAUUGCGGCUGAUUAAGGGUUUUAGGUUGCUUUAUUUCUCCAAAGUGCCUCCUGGAUUUGAAUAAUUUUAAGCGAUUUUCUUUGUGUCCGUCAAUGUGACUUUUUCCUGCAAUGUUUUGUCAUGCUGGGCCCAGCUCGUUACAGUUUUCAGCAGGAUGUUUAAAUUCUCACAGAUAGUGAUUUACAGAUCUAAAUCGCCAAGACGUGGAUUGGAAUGAGGGGAUUUACUCAUUCUUUUCAGUCGCAAUAAUUGUUCAUUGUCAGUUGGCGUGUUCAGCUCUUCUCUAAUUUGCGAAAGAAUCGCCGUGCAGUUUCACGGAGAUCCCAGGGCAGUUUCUAACCUUUGUUCCGCACGGGGAGCAAACUCUUGUGGAGAAAGAUUCUCGAUCCUUCCUCGAGGACAACGAAAAGGUCGUUUUUUCAGUAGGUCGGCCCACUUUGGUAACGUUUCCCCUUUUCUGGUAGGCGCAACAAACACAUUUUCCGAGCUUAUCCAUCCACUCGCAAAAUUGCCGAACUGUGUUUUCAAACAACAGCCGCACAUUCUACAAUUUAUCCGAAACGCUCGGCUCUUUCGGCUUUCUCCCUCUCCGACGAGCAGGCACAGGCUUUGUUGUCGUACCGCCACUUCCACUAUAUAUACUACAUUUCACUAUAUACACUACGUUUCACAGAGAAGCAACGCUAAAAACUGCCUUAAAAUUACUGGAUUACAGUGUCAAGAUUCGAAGCAAAGUGCAGACAAUAACACGCGCUAUUCUCCCUCGAAACCAAUCACCGGGUGUAUCAAAUUCACAAAGACGGCGGAGCUGUGAACAGAUUUUUGACAGCUCGACGACGUUUUUGAACCCCCUGGUCGGAACGAACUCGUCGUAUGGAAAACAGACAGUCGGUUUUUUUUCUCCCGCCUCACACGCCCUACGGGCGUGUGAGGCACGCGCGCUUCGCGCGCGUAAGACUCUUACGCCACGCUUUACCGAUUUCUUUACUGAUUUUGAGAAAAAAAACCGACUGUUUUGCAGUCUAACUGCAACACACCACAAAAUUUUUGUGGUUGGUGGAGUAAAAGGUGAUUUACUAGCUGAGAGUUGUGAAAUGUAUGAUGAAGAUACAAAGGAAUGGCAUUUUGCAGCAAGGCUGAGGAAGACACCAUUCGAUCAUUACAAUCCAACUUUGCUGGGUGUUGAUAACAAGCUGUAUUGUUUAAUCCGACUAAUUUGUGCAUGGAAUCGAAAAGACAAAAUUGAUUGCUAUGACUUUGAGAAAAAUGAAUGGAAAGAGAAAACUCAAAUACCAUUUGAAGAACUGUCACCGAGAGGGUUGAAAAAUGAAUCUUACUUACAAAUUACUUCAUGUUGUUCAAUGGGAAUUUUCAAAAGACACAAUUUUCUUCAACAUGCCUCAUUCAAAGACAUUAAAACUGGGAAAGAUAAAUGUGUUAUCAUGUGA